GGAAACGGGAGGGUUUGCUUUACGGCAGUGGCCAAUCGUACUCCUUUGGCCCCUUUCAAGCAUGGCGUCCGGGUUUGAGAGUGAGCGAAGUUUAGCGGCGCGGAAGGAGGAGAGGCGCCGCCAGCGCGAGGCGCUGCUGCAGCAGGCCAAAGCCAAUUAUGAAAAGGAAGAGCGACGCAAAGAGCUGAAGCGGCUGCGAGGGGAGGAUACGUGGAUGCUCAGUGACGUGACUGCCCGUGUGGAGGAGCUGGAGAAGGAACAUUCGGUUGCCAAAAAGAAGAAAAAGGAAAAGCGCUCGAAAAAACCCAAAAAAGAAAAGAAGAGAAAGAAACAUAAAGAUGAAAAAAACGAUUCAUCCGAUAGUCCUUCUGAUUCUGCGGAAGAAUGGGUGGAGGCGUCUGUUUCGGGUUCUUCUAGCACAGAAAAAUCCUGCAUUGUAAACAAAGAACAGCCGGACACUGCAGAAGGCCCAACCACAGUUCAGAGGGAUGAGUGGAUGUCCUUAAAUUUUAUUACUAUGAAAACACUGUCUUCAGCAUCACUGAAGGCUGAAAAACAGAAAGAAAAAUUAUUGGAGCAACAGAAAACCCAAGCAAGUGAGCAGUCUCUGCUUUCUGAAAGAGAACUCAACCCUUACUGGAAGGAUGGCGGCACAGGUUUGCCAUCACAAGAGGAUAAUUUAAUAAAAGCUGCAGCUGUAGAAGAUGGUGGGUUAGGUUGGCUGAAGAAAUCUUAUCAAAGAAUGAAGGAGCAGUCUGAGAGAGAGAACAGGGAUCUAGAAGAACUUGUAGCUGAAAGAUAUGGGUCAAUGGAGCUAUUUGAGUCAAGAUUAAAAGAAGCUGAGAGGGCUGCCGUCCAAAAAGAAAAUGAGCGUCGAAAAUGGCCCAAAAGCAACUAUUCAGAGAAGGAAAGCCAUAUGAGGCCGAGGAGGGAUAAAGAGAAGCAGCAGCAGCAGGAGAGGGAUGAAUAUAAAGGAAAACCUAAGGACAGGGAUAGCGAAGACUAUUUUCAAGAGACGAGAAAUUGCACGAGAAAUAGACUUAAAGAAGAUAAAGAACCGAGUCAUAGUAGUAAAGGAUCUGCAGGAAAAGAUUUUUCUCCUAGAACUGCGCAAUAUUCCCAUCAAAGAAGCUGUGAGAAAUCAUUUCCGAGCCCCCUAAAACCUGCAUUUUGGAAGCCUGCCGAAGAUGGAGGGCAAGGAAGGCAGAGUUUUUCAUCAUCAAAAUUACAUACCCCUGGCUUCAGAAAGCCCGGCUACGACACGGAGGACGGUCCAGUGAGUCGUGUCUUCAGAAAGCCUGAUUACGGCGCUGAGAAUACGCCGAGAUGGCGUCGGACGCAACCAAAGGAAGUCGAGGGGAAAGCUGCCCUUGAUGAAAAAUCGGUCACGACGGAAAUGGCGACCCUUGCGGAAAAGCCAUGCAAAACUGAAACGGCUGUGAGCAGCAGGGAGAAUGAUCCAAGAGAAAAAAAGGAAGAGACCAUAGAAGAUGCACUGGAAAACGACGAGCCGUCCCACAGUAAAUCAUCCUAUUCAGGCUCUGUCACAGAGGAUGAAAGUCCCCGUAUUCUAAGCGAAGAGGAAAUGAACAGACUGGGAGCCAAGAUUGUGAAAGCAGAAUUGAUAGGAAACACGGGUUUAGCUGCCCAGCUUCAGGCCCAGCUUGACAACGCACGUAAGCUCAAAGAGAGCAAAGCGCAGAUUUCGGCUAGAAAGCCUGAGGAGGAGACAGCAAGUGCCCCAGAAGACCAUGAUGUGGUCCUUGUGAGAACUGAUAAAUCUGGUCGAAGCUGGCCUGUGAAUGCUGAGGGAGAACCGAUGGAACCAAAAGGAGGAAGGAGGAAAAGACAGACGAUCACUACUCACAUGGAUAAGGAAAGGGUCAGAUAUUUUCAGGACGAUGAUAAUCUGAGCCUGAAGGAUUUGGUCAGGAAUGAAAAAAUGAGAACAGCGGAGGAUCAGAAUAAGCUUUUCAUGAGAAUGGCUUCAAAGUUUUCAGAUAAAACUGACAGGGACUACUACACGCUGGAUGACAUGUUUGUUUCCAACGCUGCCAAGGGCGAGCGCAGCGGCGAAGUGGAGGAAAGGCAGAGGAGACAAGCCAUCCAGGAGCACCGGCAGCUUGCUGCAUGCAUGGAGAAUUGUCCCCACUGCUUCGGUAGCCCCAGACUUCCAAAACAUCUCAUCGUUGCGAUCGGUAGCAAGGUCUACUUAUCACUGCCAAACUACCAGUCCCUGACUGAAGGCCACUGCGUAAUUGUUCCUAUGCAGCACAUCACUGCAGCCACUCUUCUGGACGAAGACAUCUGGGAAGAAAUCCAGGCAUUCAGAAAAGCUUUGGUAAAGAUGUUUGAAACUGAAGGACUGGACUGUGUCUUCCUUGAGACCAACCUGAGCACCAAGAAGCGAUACCACAUGGUGUAUGAAUGCAUCCCUCUACCAAGGGAAGUUGGGGACAUGGCUCCCAUCUACUUCAAGAAAGCGAUAAUGGAGUGUGAUGAAGAGUGGGCCAUGAAUAAAAAACUGAUUGACCUGUCUUCAAAAGAUGUUCGCAAAUGUCAGGCAAAGGUUGGGAAGAAGCUGACUGAGGUUGACUCCACUCCUUGGCCCGCUCCCGGAACACCCCUGGCUACACCAGCGCAGAUUUUUGCGCCAGCAGGCCUGGGGAUGAGCAGUGGUUUCCGGGUCAGGUGCUGCAGAGCCACGUGGCACCUAACCACCCGGGUUCCCAAAGGCUUACCCUACUUCUCCGUCGACUUCGGGCUGCAAGCAGGGUUUGCCCACGUCAUCGAAGACCAGCACAGAUUUCCUGUCUAUUUUGGAAAGGAAAUCAUUGGUGGCAUGCUGGAUUUGGAGCCCAGGCUUUGGCGUAAAGGACUACGUGAGAACUUUGAGGACCAGAGAAAGAAGGUGUUGCAUUUUGCUCAGAAGUGGAAGCCGUACGACUUCACCAGAAGCAAAGACUGAUGAACUGAACAGCGACUUGAUGCUGCAGGUGCUGGGAGUUCCCAAAAAAGCAUCUGAAACCAUGCAGGGUGUUCCUUUUUUCCCCUUAAAAAAAAAGAUGAGCUCUUGUUCAGGAAUCAAUAGAUGUUUUCACAUUUUUUAACAGGAGAGUGGUUCUUAAACAGAUUCUGGAAUACCUUGUUCCUAUUUUUGUGGUACAGUAUGGACAUUAAUGCUUGGUUCAAACAUAAUCUGCUGCUCUGAUAAAUGAGAAGUGUACAGAAGCCUCUUCUGCAAGCUCUGCUGCUCGGCCUCUUUGUCUGUUUGUCUUCCUGUUUACCUUCUGUAAAACACCCUCCCCUCUUUGCAGUCUACACAGAAAGGGUUUUUCUUUCCUUUGGCACCACGCCAGUUCUGUAUAUUUUAUGCCUUCAAUGUGCUGCUCAAAGUAUACCAUUAAAAAAAACACACAACCAUUUUAACAGUACCCUGUAGCUCCUUGGAAUGUUCUGUCCAAGCCACAGUAAUUCAAUUAAAAAGAACAUUGGUUUAA